AUGUCAAUUCAAAGAGAUGUUGAAAUUCAUGUGGAUUAUGAAGAUCAAGCGUCAAUAAAUAAAUUUGCCUUAAAUAAUAGUAAAUUAAACGAAUUAAAAGAUGAAUUAGAAUUAAAACGUAAAGAAUUAACAAAUAUUCAGGAUUCAUUAGAAGCUCUUGAAGAAUUAUCAAUAUUAUGUGAUAUUAAAGAUGCACCGUUCUUAGUAGGAGAAACAUUUUUAAUUGAAUCAACAGAGGAUAUUCAACAAUCAUUGAAUACAAGAAAAGAAAAAAUUGAAUUAGAAAUUGAAAAUAUUCAAAAACGAUAUCAAACAAUAAAAAGUUUACUAAGUGAUUUGAAAGUGAAGUUAUAUGGAAAAUUUGGAAAAAGUAUCAAUUUAGAAAAUGAUGAUGAAUGA